AUGUCCGCCGACGAAAAACCAAGCAGCGUAGAUCGCAUCGAAGACAUCGCCCAAACAGAAACAGGCCAGACGACACCUCCCGACGACUACGAUGAAGAAUUCACGCCCGAGGAACAGAAGAGGAUUAUUCGGCGGAUUGAUCUUCGUCUGGUCACUAUGACGGGUCUGGCGUAUUGUAUUUCGUUGAUGGAUCGGACAAAUUUGAGUGCUGCUGCUAUUGCGGGAUUGAAGAAGGAGUUGGCGUUGAGUGUUGGAAAUCGCUACUCUAUCGUCGUCCUGAUGUUCUUCGUCCCCUACGUCCUCUUCCAACCACCCAUGACAGUCUUGAUCCGCAAGAUUGGACCGACUAUCUUCCUGAGCACGAUUAUCAUGACUUGGGCGGUUAUUAUGAUUGGAACGGGUUUCGUCAAGAAUUGGGGUCAAUUGGUCGGACUACGUGUCCUGCUCGGUGUCCUGGAAGCUGGAUACUUCCCUGGCUGUGUUUAUCUGUUGUCGUGCUGGUAUACGCGAUACGACGUGCAAAAACGAUUCUCCGUUUUCUACUUGAUUGGCUGUGUGGCUUCGGCGCUGUCUGGUAUUCUUGCCUUUGGACUGAUGCAGUUGAAUGGCCAGCAUGGUUUGAGUGGGUGGCGAUGGAUUUUUAUUCUGGAGGGUGUGAUCACCGGAGCAAUCGGAUUGCUCUGCUACGUCUUCCUGGUGGAUUUCCCCGAUCGGGCGGCCAAAUCGUGGAAGUUCCUGAACCAGAAGGAGUGUGACUUUAUCGUGCGACGUAUUAACAAUGAUCGCAAGGAUGGAAAUUUGGAAGCCUUUUCGCUGGUGAAGUUCUUGCGGCCUGCGCUCGAUCUUAAGAUCUGGGGCUUUGCUAUGAUCUUCUUCUGUCUGACUACCGUCACCUACGCGAUCGCCUACUUCCUCCCCAUCAUCCUGAUGGAGGGCAUGGGCUUCGGCGUCGGCGCGGCCCAAUGCCUCGUCGCUCCACCCUACGUCUUUGCCGGUAUCGUGAUGUACAGCACGGCCUGGUUCGGCGACAAGUUCCAUGUCCGCGCACCGGUCCUCAUCUUCAAUGCUCUGCUCUGCAUCAUCGGCCUGCCCAUGAUGGGUUUCGCCAAGGGUGACGCGACCCGGUACGCGGGCGUGUUCUUCACCGUAGCAGGCGCCAACGCCAACAUCCCCACGUGCAUGGCAUACCAGGCGAAUAAUGUCCGUGGACAAUGGACGAGAGCGUUCUCCAGUGCGACUCUGGUCGGAUUCGGUGGUCUCGGCGGUAUUGCCAGUAGUUUGGUGUUCCGUACCCAGGACGCGCCGGGGUAUCGGCCGGGAAUGUACGCCGCGCUCGCGUGUAAUGUUUUGAUUAUUGUGAUUGUGUGUGCUAUGAGUCUUUGGUUCCGAGUGUGCAAUCGCCAGGCUAGCCAGGGGAAACGGGUUAUCGAGGGGGAGGCCAGUUUCCGGUAUACCAUUUAGUUCCAGGAUUUGGAGGGUGGAUGGCGAGACCCGCGGGGAGCAAGCAGGAAACCGGG